GUGACGUCGCACGCGCGCCGAGGGGAAAAGACGUGGUCGCGGAAGCCCAGGGGUCCGGGGCGUUCGCCAUGGUUCCGCGCGUGCCGCUCCCGCCGGAGAUCCAGCUGGCCCAGCGGCUGGCCGGAAACGAGCAGGUGACCCGGGACCGGGCGGUGAAGAAGCUCCGGAAAUACAUCGUCGCCAGGACUCAGCGGGCCGCAGGUGGCUUCACUCAUGACGAGCUGCUGAAGGUCUGGAAAGGACUGUUUUAUUGCAUGUGGAUGCAGGACAAGCCGCUCCUCCAGGAGGAACUAGGGAGGACCAUUUCCCAGCUCAUCCAUGCUUUCCAGACCACAGAGGCACAGCAUCUGUUCCUUCAGACAUUCUGGCAAACCAUGAACCGUGAGUGGACAGGCAUCGACAGACUGCGCCUGGAUAAGUUCUACAUGCUCAUGCGGAUGGUCCUGAAUGAGUCCUUGAAGGCCCUGAAGAUGCAGGGGUGGCAAGAAAGGCACGUCGAGCAGCUGCUGGAGCUGCUGAUGACGGAGAUCCUGCACCCCGACAGCCAGGCCCCCAGCGGGGUGAAGAGCCACUUCCUGGAGAUCUUCCUAGAGGAGCUGAGCAAAGUGGGCGCCGCUGAGCUGACGGCAGACCAGAACCUCAAGUUCAUCGAUCCCUUCUGCACGAUGGCUGCUCGGACCCAGGACUCCCUGGUUUUGCAUAACAUCACUCGGGGCAUCUUUGAGGCGAUCGUGGAACAGGCCCCGUUUGCCAUCGAAGACCUCAUGAAUGAGUUGGACGCACAGGAGGAGGAGGAUGGCGUGUCGGAGGACGAUGAGCACGAGCAGGAUGUGCUGUCCAAGGAGCCAGGCUCCCCCCAUGGGGCUGUACGCGACAGGAGUAAGGAGCUGCCGGGAGAUGGCGAGGACAGCGUGGGCCCCGUCCUCCAGUUUGACUACGAGGCCGUGGCCAGCAGACUGUUCGUGGUGGCCAGUCAGCAGGGCACCCCUUCCCAGAACCGGAAGCGCCUCUACAAAGUGAUUCGGAAGUUGCAGGACCUUGCUGAAGGCCUCUUCCCAGAGGAUGACGUGCCCGAAAAAGCCUACAGGAACCUGCAGGAAGAGGGGCAGGAGAAGAGGACAAAGAAGCGGCCCAAAUCCAGGUCACAGAAGCAGCCAGGGAAAGGCGGGAAGGAGGACUCACGGCCAGACCCGAGCUCCGGAUCCGAGAGGAGGAUGAGGCGGCGGCGGCGGCGGGGCUCGGGGACUGAGCCCACGGGGCUGCAGGAGCAGCUCGGGGGCCCAGGUGGGAGAGGGGCUCGAAAGAAGAGGCGGCGGCUUCGGGCGCGGGCCAGAGUGAAGGUGGCCGGUUGCCAGGAGCUACAGACCAAGCAGCGGCCGCUGCAGAGCCGGAAGUGACCGCAGCAGGCCCAGCGCACGCAGGGGGGCGCUUUCCCUGUGGCUCCUCCAUUUUGCGCUGAGUGGUGUUGGGGCGCAGGACCACAGGGCCCUGCUCCCGAGACUCUGGACACGGACACCCGCGGCUCCCUGACGUACUGUGUUGGCAGAGGGUCGGGCCCCUUGCUCGGUGUCCGUGCUUCAGAGCGUGGACGCCGUGCUGACCUUGGUUAGGCCAGGAAGUCCCCUGAGACCUAAAACUGCCUGGGGCCGGAGAGUGGCCCCACAUGGGGGGUGUCCAUGAAUAAAAUGCUUUG